GAGGAGGAGGGCUGACACUGUCACACAGACACUCAACUUCCCGUCAAAGCACAGCGCAGGCAAAACGAGCUGCUGCUGCUGCUGCUGCUGCUGACAAAAAGGGGGAACGACAUCGGGGAUUAUCAAGAGGAGAGGAACACAUUCAGACACGGUGUCGCCCAGCUGAGGGCUGAGCAGAGUCAGGUCUGGUGCUCCUGCUAAUUAUCCUGCGUUGGGGUCCCUGCAGAGAGACAGCAGCACGGGCUAGCUGCAGCACACCGCGGCUGCACAGGGUGUGAGUGACUUCUUUUAGCCAUAAUCUCCUUUCUUUUUUUUUUUUCAUCCGAAAAAGCUGGUGUUAUAGGUUUACUGAUGGGAGCCUUCAUGCACUAGCCAUCCCUCCCCAAAUCCUUUACCUUCCCUGUCGGACCCUGGCUCAGACCCGUCACUCGGGCGCUGUCCUCGCCGGGGGGUGCCGGAUCACCAUUGCUGGGUCUGGCUAACGCGAGACGGCGGCGGCUCGGUCCCCCCUGACCCCUGACCCCCUGCCCCCCUGCCGCCCCCCUCUCCUGUCUGCCGCUCUGGCCGACCUUUGCCGAGCUCGAACAUGGCAGGGAACCUUAAGAAAGGCGGAGGACUCAUAGGUAUGAUGAAGGAUGCCUUCCAGCCACACCAUCACCACCUCCACUCCCAUCACCAGCCCGGGGCCGUGGAUAAGAAGACAGUGGAGAAAUGUUGGAAACUGAUGGACAAGGUGGUGCGCCUUUGCCAAAACCCCAAAUUGGCUCUGAAGAACAGCCCCCCUUACAUCCUGGACCUUCUGCCAGACACCUACCAGCACCUGCGCACCAUCUUGUCUCACUAUGAGGGCAAAAUGGAGACUUUGGGGGACAAUGAGUACUUCCGGGUCUUCAUGGAGAACCUUACCAAGAAGACCAAGCAGACCAUCAGCUUGUUUAAGGAGGGAAAGGAGCGCAUGUACGAGGAGAAUUCACAACCCAGGCGAAACCUCACCAAACUAUCGUUGAUCUUCAGCCACAUGCUGGCAGAGCUGAAGGCCAUCUUCCCCAGUGGGCUGUUUCAGGGGGACAGUUUUCGCAUCACCAAGGCAGAUGCUGCGGAGUUCUGGAGGCGAGCCUUCGGGGAAAAGACCAUCGUGCCCUGGAAGAUGUUCCGUCAGUCUCUUCACGAGUUUCACCCAAUCAGCUCCGGACUGGAGGCCAUGGCUCUAAAGUCCACCAUUGACCUCACCUGCAACGACUACAUCUCUGUCUUUGAGUUUGACAUCUUCACCAGGCUAUUCCAGCCUUGGUCGUCCCUGCUGCGGAACUGGAACAGCUUGGCAGUUACUCACCCGGGGUACAUGGCCUUUCUCACCUACGAUGAGGUCAAAGCACGGUUACAGAAGUUUAUCCACAAGCCUGGCAGUUACAUCUUCCGACUGAGUUGUACACGGCUGGGCCAGUGGGCCAUCGGCUAUGUGACAGCGGAUGGAAACAUACUCCAAACCAUUCCCCACAACAAACCCCUCUUCCAGGCCCUGAUAGAUGGCUUCAGGGAAGGAUUCUAUUUAUUUCCUGAUGGCCGAACCCAAAACCCAGACCUGACAGGACUGUGUGAGCCUUCGCCUCAAGACCACAUCAAAGUCACACAGGAGCAAUAUGAGCUGUACUGUGAGAUGGGCUCCACUUUCCAGCUGUGUAAGAUCUGUGCCGAGAACGACAAAGAUGUGAAGAUUGAGCCCUGUGGUCAUCUCAUGUGCACAUCAUGUCUCACUGCCUGGCAGGAAUCAGAGGGUCAGGGAACAGGCUGUCCUUUCUGUCGCUGUGAGAUUAAGGGUACAGAGCCCAUUGUUGUGGAUCCUUUUGACCCUAAGGACAACAGCGGGGGCUCCUGCAGGAGCCACUUUGGGGCUGAGGGUGCUCCUUCACCUAGCUAUGAUGACGAUGAUGAUGACAGACUUGAAGAUCCCCACCUCAUGAUGAGCAAACUUGCCUUCUCAAAAGUGGAGCGCCCUCCGUCACCCAUGUCCAUGGCCCCGCAUUCCUCUCUUCCUCCUGUGCCACCCAGACUCGACCUGGUAUCACACAGACCUCCUAACCCCCCUGGUGCUUCCAGCCCUGGGGUCACAGCUAAGGCAGCAUCUCACCACAAAGACAAGCCCCUUCCUCUUCCGCCAGCACUGAGGGAUCUCCCCCCUCCUCCUCCUCCUGACCGCCCCCACAUAGCUGGGGCCACCCCUGAAGGACGGCUGCAGAGGCGGCCCUUACCCUGCACUCCAGGGGAGCCCCUUAGAGACAAGCUCCCCCCUGCACCUCCUAACCGGCCCCUGGCUGACUGGAACUCCCGGCCUGUCCCCAAGGCCCCUAUCUCCUCAUCCUCAUCAUCCUCAUCCUCCUCCUCGUCUUCCUCAUCAACACAGGUCUCCAGUCUAGGAGGGGACAUUCGAGCAGGUGUCAGGGAACUCUCCAACAGACACUCCCUUCCCCUGGCGCUGCCCUCUGCUCUGGACACCCGUUCCGACUCACAGAAGAACAACAGCUCCCUCAGUCUUGACCACCAGCUGAACUUUGCUGCGAUAGCUGGUCAAGAUUAUGACAACCCCAAAGUCAAGCCCUCAUCGUCAGCAAAUGCCAUCUAUUCACUGGCAAUUAGACCAUCUCCAGUCCAGAGGUCUGUGGCAGGAGAGGAAGCACGUGACAGUGAGGAGGAAUCAGAGUACAUGAUCCCCUCUUCCCGCCCUGUCCUGCCCCCCGUCACGGCAGCACCUGCAGCAGAGACCCCACCAGUACCGAGGCCUCCACAGCCGCAGUCAUUAUCUGCACUCCAGACUCAGGCCCAGACCUCCACAAGCAACUCACGGCUGUCGCUGACUGAAUUAGAGGAUAGACCUCAAAUGUAUGAAGCCAUGUACAACAUCCAGUCUGGGUCCCAACAGGCCAGAGAUUCAGACUAUUCAGAGUUGCCCCCUGUGACACUGACCAAUGGUCCCAGAAACCAGGCAGCAGAGGAGAGGGAAGAGGAGGAAAAUGGCUACGACAUCCCGAAACCCCGGCUGCCAAUGCCUCCAGCCAGACGGACCCUCUCAGAGUUGGGGGGAUCAACUUGCUCAUCUUCAUCUUCCUCAUCAUGUUCAUCCUCCACAGCUGCUUUCAGCCGCCUUUCGCUAGAUUCAGAUGCUGUAACUGCAGCAUCCUUCUUAGAGCCGGUGGAAGCUCCAGAGAGACCUCCAAAGCCCCUGCCCAGAAGAAUCAACUCAGAGCGUCGGCACAGCCCUGUCCCUCCCGUCCCUGCUCCACCUUGUAGUGGGGCAACAGGAGGAGAAACCAACCCUCAAAUCAGCAGCGAGAUCGAGCACCUCAUGAGUCAGGGCUACUCGUACCAGGACAUCCAGAAAGCACUGAUGAUUGCACAGAACAAUAUUGAAAUGGCCAAGAAUAUCCUACGCGAGUUUGUCUCCAUUCCCUCCACUGCGCAUGUUCUUACAUAGCACACUCCUUGUGCCUCUCUCUCUUGUUUGCUCUCUCGCCCUAGCUUGGCCCAGCCUGGUUUGGGUAUGUGUUGGCACAGCCCAGCCCAAAGCCCAUUGCCUGCAGUGCUCGUUCGGUGCUGGCUAAUGCCCACUGUGGAUUUUUAUCUGGCUUACAGCACCUCUGGGAGGCUGUGCCCUGCACUCCAUGCGCUUUCAACAGUGUCUGGCCUUCUUCAAACUGCUACAGCAGGCCUCUUCUUUUACAAAGACGUCUCCGCAGGACUGACGGGGCGUGCGGAACAAUGAUGGGACGCCACAGGACUUGUGUAGGAAUCCUUGGAAGACAGACUCUAAUCUUUCAUGUUGAAGCCUCUUGCGGAAAUUGUAACCAACACCUCACAAAUAAAACUAAAAAAAUGUAUGUCUAUAAAAAAUUUAAUAUAUGAGUAAAUAUAUAUUAAAUGUGUGUAAUAUAUACAGUACGUGCAUAUACAGUAUGUAAAAAUGACUUCAGCUUUGAGGGUCGCUCUUGGUUUAGCGUUGUGGGGUAGACAGGAGCACGGUGUAAUGAGUGGUUUUUCCCUCUAAGGCAGACAGAGGGAUGUGAGAGAACAUGAGGAAGAGGAGUCAGGAUGGCCUUCCUCAUAUUGAGCAGCAGCUAAGAUGUGCUUUUUCAUGAUGAAUCCAGUCUGUUUUGGCCUUUUGAUUAACAACAUCGGUUUGGUACGUUGUUUUUUUUUGGGGGGGGGGGGGGGGGGGAACUAUUUGUUUUUGUUGUGUUGUAUUUUACAAAGUAGCAUAACGAUGGUUACAGGUCUGAAAUUGAUGUCUGGCAGAAUGUGUGUUUGUGUGUGUGUGCUUUGUGACAAAGUGUGUGUAUGUGUGCCAGACCUACUCCUCAUGACCUACUCUUAAUAAGCCCAUGUUCCUGAAACACAUGAAUGUGGUUUUACAGUCAGAAUACUCGGACCCCUGCUCUGUAAACGUACUACUGCUCUCUGCGUUUGUGUCAGGGCAGAGUGCAGCUGUAGAGCCUGGCAGUGAGAUUAAUAGAGGACGUGCUAAUGUUGACGACCCUGCAGUACCAGACAGGCUAGUGUGUGGUGGCUGAAAUGUUUUCAUUCUGUCUUUGUCUAACUUCAAUUGGCUGGCUGGUUUCGAUUUCUGUCCCCAGCUUAGACCGGUGUUUAGAAACAGAAAAAGUCAUUGAUUUACUUUGUUAAUAUAUUAUUGUUGUAUGAUCAUAAAUAUUGUUAUUAUAAUUAAUUCAGAAGUGCUUCACUGCUGCUACUAUUGCUAACAAUUACGCCUUAAAUGUACAUUUGUGAAUAUUGUGUUAAGCUCCACCCUGUUUCUUUAAAGUGACAGUAUCGUGUGUGUUUUUCUUCAGUCUGUAAUGUAGCAUACUUGAAAGUACAGCAGCUCGUGAGCCUGCAGCCCUCUCACCAGGUCCACUAUUCAGUGUUUUAAAUCUUUUUCUACGUAUACACUCUGACACUCACAGAGUUGAGUGUAUAGCAUCAUCUGAAAAAAACAAACCUAAAUGCUUUUGGUGUGGUAAACCAUUUUCUAACCGGUCCAGGCUCUUUCAUAUCAAUUUCCCUCUCUCUGCAGGAUCCCCCUCUACUUGAAAGGGAGCGACUGAUGGGGCUUUAUUCUUUAAGUAGGCUCAUGGGUUUACAGGCCCACUCCCGGCUCUACAUUAAAAUCAGUAUUUGGGCCAACUGUAAAGACGUACUCAGGAAUAACUUUAUCCAAACAAAAGAGGUGUUCAGCCUGGUUGUCACAAACCACGGGAGACACCAGCAUACCUGAGAUGACAUGUAGCCAAAAGAAUCCACUUUAUGAAGUCACACAAGUAGCCUAUAACUUUUUUCUCUCAUAACUUGCACAUUUUUUUGUAUUAUUUCUAGUGUUGGCAGGACUGGAGACAGCAGCCUAAUUUCCAGGUACUAUGAAUGAAAAAUAAAAAAAAUUAAUGCAUGGAGCUUUUAGGUACAUUGAUGUGAAACUCUCCCAGUAUAUGAAGUAGAAUGUUUAAUGGGAGAGAGUAAAUCAGGGCUUAUCUGCCAAAGCUUUCGCUGACAAAGUCUGUCUGUUAAAUGAAAGCUAUACCUGCGCUGUCUGGCCAUCCUCUUUUUUUUUUCUGUUCCUAGUUGCCUUGAGAAGCUCUUGAAUGAUGUGUAUUUGACAGGGAGGUCCCUAAUCCUCAAUACUGUGCUAAUGUUUUGUUGACGUUUCAAGAGAGCUUGUCGAGUAAUUAUUUACCUUUUUAUCUUGUUUUUGCACAGUAUACCAGUUUGUGCUAUGAUACUGUCACUCUAAAGAAAGCUAAGUGUACAAAGUCAGUGAUAUGAAUAGAAAAAAAGACUUAUUUUAAUUUUGCAUUCCUGUACACAUAUUUUUCUCCAAAGGUUUUGUUUACUUCUGUGAAUAAUUCUGUGAGCAGUGCCAUAUGUUUAGAGAUCGUCCCCAUGUUUAGAGUCUGGCCUUGAUUUUGAAGAGUUUGUAGGUAUUGAUCUCUGAUGGCCAGAUUGUGCAGUAUUGCUUGAAUUAAUCUGUCCUCUCUGCCUUGUCAGCCGUAUCAGACCUCAUCUGUGAGCGCCAGUUCUGACCUCACAGAUGCUGGAUGUGUACCAGCCUCCGUUACCCUCAGUCCCUGUGUCUGGGUACUUCAAUUUUUUGCCAGAAGAGGGAGCUGCUGAUUCAUGUAGCUGUUUCGCUUCUCAUCAGUAAUUGGCAUUCAUUAACUUUUUGAUGGUUUUUAAAGCUCAUAUCAAUUCGAAAGUAUGCACAGUGCUGUUAAUAAAAUGAUAAGCAGAAAGUC